AUGCACCUUCCCGGAGUCAUAUCUUCUGGUGGUGGUGGCAAAUAUAGCGGGACUCGUCAGUAUCCCAGAAGGUACUCCAACAAUGUACUGACUACCAAUGGAGGUGGACUAUUCAGUGGUGCUAAUAAUACAAGUCCUGUUGUUUAUGGUAGGACUCCACCGUCUGCUAGACCUCGGCCCCGAUCGGCGAUCUUCUUAACAGAGUCUAAUUACUCUAUAGCCGAGGAUGGACCCUUGUUCUCUCCGUUAGAUUCUGCUACUGCUAGAUUUCCUGGAGCAUCCCCAUCACCUAACAUCGACGCUUCCAAACGACAUCUGAUUUAUCGUUUGGACAACGGCAGUGGUCCUAUUCUCAUUCCGACCCCGCUGCCGAUACCGGUGAUGCAAAGGUUUGGCCCUGGUGGGGGUGGAGGUAGUGAGUUUGAUUCCGGUGCCAGUCCAGUAGCCAUGAGUCCUCCAAGAAACACAGCCCGUUCUCCAGCAAGAAGUCCUUCGCCGAUAAGAAACAGUUGGGGCGGGAGCAGAUCGCCUAUUAGGAAGUCCAAGUCUCCGGUAAAAUAUCUGCCUUUCAACUUUCAGCUGCAAGAGAUGGGCCAUUCUCAUUCCGGGUCCAUAAGUCUGAAACCUGCCCAUAGAAAGGGUCACAAAUAUAAGCACUCCUCUGUGUCUAUGAACUUGUUCCAAGAACCUCCUCCAGCAUUGAGUGUGACCCAACAGCCUUUAGCCAUAGCUGAACUGUUCCCGGUACCUAAUCUUUACGAGGCACUUUCUAUGGUCAAACCUCAACAGAAACUACGUCUUUUGUGGUCCGUGUUCCAUUUAACUCUCGCUGCUGUUAUACUUAUUGUUGGAUUUAAGUUCAAGUUCUCUCCGUUAUCCACGUUGGCACAUCUUGUGUUCUACGACGCUUUAGGUUCUUCCGUUGUGGUGUUUGUAGAUAUAAUGUCGAACUUUGAGGUGUGGAAUACUUCUUCUAUUGUGUACCCUUUUGGUUUGGGAAGACUAGAAGUGUUGGUAGGUUUUGGAUUGGCUACGUCAUUGAUCAUGGUUGGUGCAGACCUAAUUAGUCAUUCUAUUGAAGAAUUCGUCAUGACUAUUGCCAUGUCUACUGGUGCUCAUGAUGAGGUGGACCUGCAACAUCAGCAUCUGUCACAUCAUAUUCAUGAUGAUCAUAGUCAUAACCCUAACUUACGUAUUUAUGUGGCAGUGUUAAUGGCUACAGUUGCAAUCACCCUCUCGUCUCAAUUUAUAUUGAAACGUGAUAAGUUUGGUCAAAUGAUGUCUACACCUGAAGGUAUUGUUGGAUCCAAAAAGAAUAAGAAGAUCAAUCAACAAAGUAUCUUGGAUUCAGGUAAUAAGGAAGUUUAUGAGAACUCUUCCAAGAAAGAUAAAACAGUGGAAAGUGUUCGAUCUUAUUCUAAAAUAUGCAAGGAGCAUCCAACACAUUUCCUUACCCUUUGCUAUUCUUUUUACUUACUUGUGAUUCCGUUUAUUCCUACAGAUUAUUAUAAGGAUAUUGCAAUCGAUAUCAAUGAAGCUACAGAAGGGGUGGUUGCUCUUAUGCUUUGUUAUAUUGGCUGGAGAGUUGCUAAAACUCUAGGAGGGAUGUUACUUUUAUCUUAUCCUUAUUCAGAUUAUGACUACCAUGUUACAAGAGCAAAGAUCCUUCAAAAGACUUUUGAAUUGGAUUCCUUUAAGAACUCGUAUCUGGUAGAUAAACUUUUUAUCACCAAAUUCAAUCUCCAUUUGUAUAUCGUUGGAAUGCUGAUAAGAAUGAAGGGGGCCAGUAUUGAUGACGAGUCUCGGGUUCGUUUUGAGAUAAGCAGGGUUAUUAAUAAAGUAUUGGAGUCCACUGAUCCUAACGCCAAAACAGAGAUUACCAUUGAUAUUAACAGAUUUUAA